UUGCAGUUACAGACAAAUUCCAAUUAAUAAAGACAAAUAAUUGGAAAAAAAGCCAAAGCAGGGGAGUAGUUUUCCUUUCAAUAUAGGUCGGAGGGCUGAGAGUUAGCCGGUAAAAUGUUCUCGAAAACACCAUCAAAAUCCCUAGGACUGUGCAAUUCUCCCCAGUGUCUGCCAAAGUUCAGAGCCUGAAGCCCCCGAAACGGAAUUGGACCAUACAUCCCUUCGUCAAAGACGUUAAUUACUAACUUGUGACUUUCAUGGAUUAACACGGAUUAACUUGUGAAUAUCACGGUUUUACAUUUCUGUUAACCCUACAUGUGGAAGAAAAACAAACUUUCGCAUUUCGGGUAGGUUGUGAAAUUGUUAGUUGUGCUUUUGGCUGCUCUUCUGAAAGCCUUAUUGUGUCCAUACGAUGGCAGUCUACCGUUAAUUAUAGCUGCAAAGAAAUUGUUGAAAUAUUCGCUUGACACGCGCUGUUUUUCCAGGACUCGGGCGUUCAACCUGCUGCAGCUGUUUGAUUUCGUCACGGUCCAGCUCAGCAAGCACUACGCCAGGAGGGCGUGCGACGUGGCCAACGGCCGGCAGCGGGCGGCACCGGUCCGCGGCGGCACCAGCCAAGAAACGGGCACUGUGACGCAGGUGACGGAGUUCACCUAUCAGGUGAAGUCGCUGACGUCGGUCGGCAUCACCUACCUGGUGGACCUGAACGUCGGCGCCUGCACCUGCAGGAUGAACCGGCGGACUGGCGGCUGCAAACACCUCCGAGCCGUGCGGCAGCAGACUGGCGCUGUGCCGGAGGCGACGGCGACAAAGGAGACGCGGAGGGCCUUGAUGGACAUCGCCAUGGGGACCAGCCAGCAGCUGCCAGGCAACUGGUUCGACCCUCUGGUCGCCGAGCCGUCCACCUCGUCACCUCCUGUCCCCACGCCCGCCAGCGCCCCCGGAGUCGCGCAGCCCCAGCCGUCGCCGAGUCCCGAGGAGUACGACGACGACGCAAUGGACUUCGAGGACCCCGCCGCUGCGGCGGCGGCUGUCAGUGGAGCUGAGCAGCGACGCUCAGAUGACCGGACACGCCAAACCGUGGCGUUCAUCCAGGAGUGGGCAGCCUUCAUGUGCGAGGCAGUCGUCCAGGACGACACCUGGGAGAGGGCUGCCGCUGCCUUUCAGCAGAGGUGGGGCCAGCUGCCCACUGCUGGCCGCCAGUCCGCUCUGCACCAGUUUGGAGGCGCGCAGGGCUGCCGGCGGAACGCCACCCAGAUUCCGGUCCAGCCGACCAGCACUGCCCGUCGCACCAGCACCAACGUGCGGGGGCGCGCUCGCUGGCCCGCUGGACGGCCGUGCCGCUCCGCGCGCACCGGGGAGCACGGCUACGUGGCAGCCUCCGCCAGGCGGUCGGCGGCGCCCCACAGCCUGGCCACCUGUGUUGACCAGAACCGCCCCCUGGGGCGCUGAGUGAUAGAGGUGAAGUGGGGGUGACCGGGGCAAGUUGGUGCCAGGGGGGGGGGGGGUAAGUUGGGACGGAAGGGAUAUUUCCAAUACUUCUCGACAGUUGGCGUUCAAACUUAUUUUGUACAUGAACAGUAACGCCGUCUGUUUGUCAACGUGGUGUCGGCGCGUGCUGAGGUAAGUGCUGUUAAUAAUCGCUACAAAUGUGUUUCAGGUACCAAAAGUGAUUUUCUUGCUGUGAAAAUAUUCUCUUCUAGUGUCGUUGUGUGUGCCUUUUUGUUUGCCGCAGGAGUACUGCAAACGUUUGUGUUUUGUCGUUAAUGCCCGCAUGGAUUAGCGAUGAUUGUUCAUGUGAAACAUGAAUAAAAAUGUGUUUAGA